AUGUUGAAGCGACUGAACGAGGAAAGUGACUCAUCUUCUUCGUGGUUAGCUGCAUAUUUUCGUGAGUUCCGGAAGAGGCUUCUUUCUCUGUUGUCAUUUGAGUUCAAGAAACUACCAAUCAGUUUGGGCCUGUCAUUGUUGCAAAUUCGUAACAAAGAGGUCUUAGCAGUGCUCCAGAAUGAUCGAAAAGUUAUCACUCGAGAGCAGUUGUCAAUGUUUUUGUCCAAUGUUGAUCUCAAGCGGUUAUCGGAAUAUGCUCGCAAUCUAGUUGACCAUCAGAUGAUAACUGAUCUGCUUCCAACUAUCUCAAAAUUGUAUUUCGGAGAUAAAUUGAGGGAAAAUCACAAGAGCGCAGAGAAUGUUCAAGAAGAGCUGGAUCUUCCUCAGAGUCAAGUGUUAGCUUUCCAUUCGAAAACGAUACGAAAGUUAUCAGACGAGUUUGACGCUAUCUGCAUGGAGUCACUUCGUCAACUCAUCCCAGAUAAGACGCGUGAUCUUGACAAAGAGGAACAAGCUGCUGCUGUGGCUCGUCUGAAACCUUUAGCUGAAAGCUUGGAGGUAGUCAUGUUUUCUGAAGUCUUCUGUUACCCUUCUUCCUAA